CCUUGUACUGACUUGAUUCGAAUGGGUCGGUAUGAACUGGGUAAGUUGAAGUAAAAGUAAUUUUGAGUGGGCACGCCGGUGAUUGCGACUACUAAAAGGUCCAAUUGCAUCUAAGAUACUCAAGAAACCCUUCGUGAUAUUCGUUGAUUAACUCAUCUAAAAUUUUACAUUUUUUCAUGCAGGCGGCGUACUUGGUACCGGUUAUGAACAUAUUGUUAGAACAAGGUGUUGUUGGUGCGUCCCAUGCCAUGGGGCAUAAGCCAGAAGUUGUAAUUGUCGCACCCACUCGUGAAUUGGCCAUUCAAAUUCACCGCGAGGCGUGUAAAUUCUCCUACAGUUCGGUUUUAAAGUCUGUGAUUAUAUAUGGAGGAACUCUCACGAGCCAUCAGCGGUCAAAUCUUCAAGCUGGGUGCAAUAUUUUUGUCGCGACCGCGGGGCGAUUCAAUGAUUUUCUCGACCGUGAAGUAUUUGACUUCUCGGGAGUCAGGUUUUAAAUUUUGGACGAAGCUGAUCGAAUGCUUGAUAUGGGUUUCGGUCCCAAUGUUGAAAAAAUUGUCAAUCAUCCAACGAUGCAUCCGAAAGGAAUCCGUCGUGUUUGUAUAUUGUCGGCUACAUUCCCAGAUGAAGUGCAAGCGCUGGCUGCGACGUACAUGGAAGACUACAUAUUCGUCACAACAGGCAUUGUCGGUGGCACCAAUCCGGAUGUUGAACAGCUGUUUUUUCAGUGCUCGAAAAGAGAUAAGAGAGCUAAGCUGAUCGAAGUUUUACAAGAUCUCGGUGGUGCCAAGACUAUCCUUUUUGUCAACAGCAAAAAGACCGCGGAUUUCGUCGCUGCAUUCUCGUGCAAUAACAACCUACAAUCUACCAGCAUCCAUGGUGAGCAUAAACGAAAAUCGUAAAUGUCUCUUUCGAAGCUUCUGACAGAAGAAUAUGCUCGCAAUCAACUCACGAAUCAU